UCGUUUGCAGACGCUAACACGCGCCCUAGCUAAAAACCCUGCCCCAUCACUCAGCCGUUGUCCAGUUUCAGCAAAAACCCUCUCCAUUCUCCAAUGCUUAGCUGCAAAACCCUAUUGUCCCAAAGGACCAGAUCCAUCAGGAAGAAGAAGAAAACCAAAACCAAAUCCAAAAAGAAGAAAACAACCAAAUCUGUAUCCACAAAACAAAACCCCAUUUCCAAAAACUACCAAGAAUUAGAGGAAGAAGAAGAAGAUGAAGAUUUUGAAGAAGGUUUCAAUCUCAAGGCCUCAGCUCCAUCGAGCUCCCAUGGAGUUCAGCCACUGGGCAAUCUCUACCUCAGCCCAGGUUCUGUCAACUCAAGGAACACUGGAUUAGGUAAUCUCCAAACCCUAACAGAUGAGCUUGUUCUUGAGAUUUUGGGGCUUUUGGGUGGGACCCACUUGGGGGUUUUGGCCACUGUGAGCAGAUCUUUUUAUGUUUUUGCAAAUCAUGAGCCCCUCUGGAGGAACCUUGUGUUGGAUGAUCUAAAGGGUAGGCUUUUGUAUAAUGGGUCUUGGAAAUCUACUUACAUUGCUGCUCAUUGCCCUUCGUUUGAUGUUUCAAGAAUCCGUGCUUCGGGUUUGAGAGUUAGGGACUUUUAUUCUGACUAUCUCUUCCAGAGCUGGCUUUGUGCCAAUCUUGAGAUGAAACCCGAGUGGCUUGAAAGGGAUAAUAUAAUCAGGAGAAGGGGCAUUUCGGUUGAGGAGUUCAUUUCGGAUUUUGAGGAACCGAAUAAGCCGGUGCUGUUGGAAGGGUGUAUGGAUAACUGGGUUGCAUUGGCGAAAUGGGAUAGGGAUUAUUUAGUUCAAUUGUGUAGUGAUGUUCAAUUUUUGGUUGGGCCAGUGCUGAUGAAGCUUGGGGACUAUUUUCGGUAUGCUGAUCAGGCGAGGGAAGAGAGGCCGCUGUAUUUAUUUGACCCAAAAUUCGGAGAAAAAGUUGCAACUUUGGGUUCUGAAUACGAAGUUCCGGUGUACUUUAGGGAGGACUUAUUUGGUGUUUUGGGCAAUGAGAGGCCAGAUUAUAGAUGGAUAAUAAUUGGACCAGCUGGGUCAGGUUCAUCAUUCCACAUUGAUCCUAAUUCGACUUCUGCUUGGAAUGCAGUGAUCACGGGGUCAAAGAAGUGGGUGUUGUUUCCUCCUGAUGUGGUUCCUCCCGGGGUGCAUCCCAGUCCAGAUGGAGCUGAGGUGGCAUGUCCUGUUUCAAUAAUUGAAUGGUUCAUGAACUUCUAUGGUGCAACAAAGACUUGGAAGAAGAAACCCAUUGAAUGCAUUUGUAAGGCUGGGGAAGUGAUUUUUGUACCUCGUGGAUGGUGGCAUCUGGUGAUUAACUUGGAGGAAUCAAUUGCCAUUACACAGAAUUAUGUUAGCAGGAGAAAUUUGUUGAACGUCUUGGAUUUUCUUAAGAGGCCAAAUGCCAGCACUCUGGUAUCCGGAACCAGAGAUCGAGUGAAUUUGUAUGACAAGUUUAAAAAUGCCAUUGAGGCUUCUUUUCCCGGAACUAUCGAUCUCCUGACUCUGAAAGCAGAGGAGAAGAAUGCCCAGCAGAAAAAACCAUCCUUCUGGGAUUCAGUUAUGGAUUCACAGGCCGGUGCUUUCAAGUUCUCUUUCUAGACGAAAGAGACCACAAAUACAGAAAAUGCAACUAGUCCUUCCUCCAGAAGAAGAAAACAGAAAAGAACAAUUUUGACACUAAUUUUAUUGGUUUGACAUUGUUGUAUUUCAUUCGUUGACCGUAUGAGCUUGUACCUUUUUAUUGUUCCCAAUUUUCAAAUGUCAAAUUCACUAGGAA